UUCAAUAUGAUUCCAGUGAGGCGCGCCCACUCUCCUUCUGCGCAUUAAAUUCACUCUGUUUUUCAUUCUUAUCUUUUGCUUUGAUACUCUUUCUCUAACUAGGAUCCUUGUAACGUUCAUGUACUUUGGAAAUUCGUACAAAUGUGGAAAACGCGGCGUCGUAAAAAAGGCACACACAGGGAAUCCAUGAGGUUAACGGAUAAGAAAAGCCUUCAGAUACUAUGCAGAUUGUUGCAGGCACGUAUUCAUCUUAAUCGAUAGAUUUGUGGAUGACGGGAGCGCGCACAGAUGAUAUAAGCAAUCCAGUGGGUCUACCAUGAACCAUGUGCACAAUGGGAGUAUUAGCUCGCUCUUGGGUGACCUAAAGGCAAAAUGGGCAAAACUCUGAGGCUGUGACCACUUUGCAUCCCCAUGUGUACCAUGAACAGCACUGCCUGGCCUUUGGACCUGGCUGAGUUUGCGAAACCUCGGAGCUUUAACAACUCUCAGAGCCAGUCUGCUUCGGUGAGCGGCUGGGCCUUAAUCCACACGGCUACCCUCGCCUCCUGCUCCCUCCUGUUGGUCCUCAUCUUUUGUCUCGGUUCUUAUGGAAACUUGGUGGUCUUCUUGUCCUUCUUUGACCCGGCGUUCCGCAAGUUCCGCACCAACUUCGACUUCAUGAUCCUCAACCUAUCCUUCUGCGACCUGUUCAUUUGCUGCGUCACUGCGCCCAUGUUUGCAAUGGUGCUCUUUCUGGACGCUGGAGACACUAGCGGCGGCGUGUCCAAGGGCUUCUGCUUUGCCUUCCACCUCACCAGCUCGGGCUUCAUCAUUAUGUCCCUCGAAACGGUGGCUGUGAUUGCCCUACAUCGGCUCCGCAUGGUCCUGGGUCAGCAGCCCAACCGUACGGCCUCGUUUCCCUGUACUCUGGCCCUCACGGCACUAUUAUGGACCACCAGUUUCACGCUGGCAGCGUUGGUCACCUUACGAGCGUAUCCCAGGAGCUCUGGACCUUGCCUGCCCCACUUUGGUCUUAUCGGCAACAAGGCCAAGGUAGUAUUGUACGUAUACAUUGCGGACUUUGCUUUCUGUGUAGGUGUGGUGUCCAUCUCGUACCUCAUGAUCGCUCAGGCGUUGAGGAAGAACGCCCAGGUUCGGAAGUGUCCCAUCAUCACGGUGGAUGCGACACGUCCACCUGCUUCUCAUCCGCCGCUCAUUGCCGCAGGUUUCGAGGGUAUGCAGUGUACAGUGCAGGUGCCCUCGCUGUACCGCAACCAGACCUACAACAAGCUUCAACAUGUCCAGACGCACUCCUUCACCAGGAGAACCAACCAGCCCCUCGUGCCUGGGGCUGCCACUGGAGCAACUUGCUGCCAGUUGGUCUCCACAGUUAACCUGGCGACAGCCAAGGAUUCAAAGGCUGUGGUCACAUGCAUAGUGAUCGUCAUCUCAGUGUUGUUGUGCUGUCUACCACUAGGUAUAUCCUUGGCGCAGGAUAUGGUGUCACCGGAGAGCAGCUUUGUCCACUACCAGUUUGAGCUCUGUGGAUUCGCCCUCAUCUUCCUGAAGUCUGGAAUCAACCCGUUUGUAUACUCGCGCAAUAGCGCGGGUCUGCGCCGCCGUGUGCUCUGCUGCCUCCAGUGGCUGACCUUGGGUUUCCUUUGCUGUAAGCACAAGACACGCCUACACGCUAUGGGCAAAGGAAGCCUGGAAGUCAACCGUAACAAGUCCUCACACCACGAGACCAACUCUGCGUAUAUGCUCUCACCGAAGCCUCAGAGGAGGCUGGUGGACCAGGCUUGCGGACCCAGUCAUUCCCGGGACAGCAUGCCUAGUCCCUGUGUCACCGCUGGACGCAAGCCCCGACCCCCGAGCACAUCUACGCCCAUCAAUACACGCAUAGAACCCUACUACAGUAUUUAUAACAGCAGCCCGUCAGCAGGCCCGAGUUCCCCCAACAGCCUGCAGCCGGUCAACUCUCAAACCACAGCCUUUGCCAAAAGCUACGUGGCUAUGCACUACCACACCCACCAGGAGGCGCUGCAGGACUUUGACAGCACCUCGGCUCAUCAGAUUCCCAUCCCAUCAGUCUGAGCUGUAGAGCUUCAUACUGCUUGCUCAGCAUCCAAAGGAGAGCAUAUAUAGUGUUUGCUUGUGGUUUGCUAGUGGUGUUUUGCUCAAGAGACAAUAUGCAUCGAGUAUCCAAUAAAAAGAAAAUGGGACUAGCUAAUUGUCGCUUUCCCCAAAAGUAUUAUUCUCAAUGUUUUCUGGACUGAAGGAUGUUCUAUUUUUACAUUGACGUGGCAUUUUCAUGUACAGUAAUAGUCUUCACGCAGAUUAUGUAUUUGUGAAACAUCCUACAUUUUAUAUAUGAACUAAUUAAAUGUUUUGCAAAUGUAUGCUGACAUCUCUUACUGACUAAUAAUGUACAGCUGUAGUUUUCUUUGUCAGUCAUCGCUUUUAAGGUAUUGACAUUCCUUAAGCAUUAAUAAGCUAUGGAUGGAUGUUUCUAUGUAAGAGCAUUAUUAGUUCUCUGUGAAGAAAAAAAAACUAUCAACAAAAAGAGACACUAGCACCGCCUAGUGUAGGUAAAUGGACCCUUCUGGCCAAUUUGUAAUGUUUAGCAGAGGCAUAAAUGUUUAUUUCUCUAUAAGAAUUUUUAGUUUUUUUGUUAUAAUGAAUAGUGCUGCCCUAAUGAUUGUUUAGGAAAAUAUAUUGGUUUAAUUUUCAUUGUAACAUAAAUGGGGAAAAAAGAUUUACACUGCAAAAAAAAUCUUAAUUCAGCUUUUUUGCUUUGUUUUCCAGCACAAAGAGAUUUGAUAAAAAAAAUAAGUAUAUAAUACAAUUUUGAAUUUUUUUCAGAAAACAAGACUUUGCA